AUGUCUGACAAAGCAAGCUGCUCUGGGGCUGAUGUGAGAUCCCCACAUUUAGAGGAUGAUACUGCCAAAAAUGGGGAACAGCAGGAAGAAACGGGUAAUGAAGUAGUUGAUUAUUCAAAUGUGGAGGUGCCAUCUUCCUUACAAUCCCUUUGUCGUUAUGUGGAAACGACACUAAAGCCUCAGGAGAAGAUCAUGACCUUCACAAUUGAGAAGGAGGUGUUUGGUGCAGAUCGCAGUACCUUCGUCUUGCAUGAAGAUAUUACACAGUUUGCAGGCAUGGAAGAAAUUGGGGCUACUGUGGUUGCAGUAUAUAUGAGGUGCUUAUAUGAUCGUUUGAGAGAAGCAAAUAUGUGCAGCAUGGUUGGCUUUAUCGACCCUGCUCAAGUUAGUGCCAACGCUGGGUCACUAACUGACAGAUCACGAAUUGUAGCCAGUCGACUUCAGAAAACAGAUGGUGAACAGAUUUUCAUGAUGCCUUACAAUCCAGGCCGUCAUUGGGUCUUGCUGAUUGUGAGAGCAAAGAGGGAAACCGUCUAUUUUCUGGAUCCUCUGCCUGGAAAUCGUGUGGUUGAUGAGGAGGGCAAAAACAUCGUGAACAGUGCUUUAAAAAUUUAUAAUUCCCACAUAGGCAGACCAGGCCGUAAAGCACCAAUUUGGAAAACUCUGCCAGGCACACCAAAGCAACCCAGCAGUGUCGAAUGCGGGUAUUAUGUGAUGCGCUUCAUGAGGGACAUCAUCAUGGAUCCUUCCUUGGAGUUUGAGAAGAAGUUUGCCAAGGGAAAAGAGCAAGCGCCAUACCCCCAAGCAGCCAUUGAUGAAGUCCGGAAAGAAUGGGCAGAUUUGGUAUUACUUUUAACGACGGUGAUUGAGUCGUGGAAUAUUGAGUUUACGUCGUAUGGUGAAAAAUCCGACGUGGUUUCUCUUUUAAACGACGUUUGUUUACACUGUUAG